AUGGCCUCACUCCUCACCGCGGCGGAGCCCCAAACCCGAACUCCUCACCCGUCGGACCCACCCGAAGACCUCGACGACGUCCUCUGCUCCGCCCAGCAACAAGCGGAGCAGCAGCAGUUGGCUUUGGCCGAAACGCCGCCGUCUCGGAGCUUGAGCGCCGAGUCGCGAAUCGAGCGGGCAUGGGCUCACUGGACGAAGCUGGGCCGGCCCAAGCUGAUCGUGGCUCCGAUGGUGGACAACUCCGAGCUCCCAUUCCGGAUGCUCUGCCGGAAGUACGGCGCCGACGCGGCGUACACGCCCAUGCUUCACUCUCGGAUUUUUAACGAGACUGAGAAGUAUCGGAACCAGGAAUUUACCACUUGCAAGGAGGAUCGUCCGUUGUUUGUUCAGUUCUGUGCUAAUGAUCCUGAGGUUUUACUUGAAGCUGCAAAGAGAGUGGAGCCUUACUGUGAUUAUGUUGACAUUAAUUUAGGGUGUCCGCAGAGAAUUGCUAGGCGGGGGAACUAUGGAGCCUUUUUGAUGGAUAAGCUUCCUCUUGUAAAAUCUUUAGUGGAAAACUUGGUUGCCAACCUUCAUGUCCCUGUGUCGUGCAAAAUCCGCAUUUUCCCGAAAUUGGAUGAUACGAUUAAUUAUGCUAGGAUGCUAGAAGAUGCUGGUUGCUCUCUUUUGGCUGUCCAUGGGCGGACGAGAGAUGAGAAGGAUCAGAAGAAAGUGCGGGCCAACUGGGAUGCCAUCAAGGCUGUGAAGAAUUCUGUCAAAAUACCUGUGAUUGCGAAUGGGAAUAUAAGGCACCUGGAUGAUGCGCAUGACUGUUUGAAAUACACUGGUGCUGAUGGGGUACUUUCCGCGGAGUCUCUUCUUGAGAAUCCGGCGCUUUUUACUGGUUUUCGUACUGCUGAAUGGGUUGAGGAGGGUGAAGAAUGCAAGAAAGAUCGGAAACUGGACCAGGCAGAUCUUCUGGUGGAGUAUCUGAAGCUUUGUGAACAAUACCCUGUGCCGUGGCGUAUGAUUCGUGCUCAUGUGCACAAGAUGCUGGGAGACUGGUUCAGGAUGCAUCCACAUAUAAGAGAAGAUUUCAAUGCACAACACAUUCUCACUUUUGAGUUUCUCUAUAAUAUGGUAGAUCGGCUUAGAGAGCUCGGUGAAGGAACUCCCCUUUAUCUUAAGGAUACUAAUGCUGCAAGAAUUCCAGAAAACGGGCUGGCUAUGUCAGCUGUAUGAUAGUAAUUGAUCAAGUUACUGUGCUAGAAUUACGAGGCUUGGCUUAGCCAGAACCAAGGAUUAGGGUUUUCACUUGGUUUUUGUCAUCAAUUUUGCAGCUGUUCUAAUGCCGUGGUUUAUGUAACUCAACUGAUACAUGAGCAAAGGGAAGACACUCCCUUUUAUGCUACAUUCUUUUUGCUGAUGAUUUAGUGUAGUUAACUCUAUGGUCAUUCAUGAAAGAGUUUCAUUGUAUUGAUAUCCCUUAAGUAUUGAUUUUUGUGGCUAGUGAAUGAUCUCAGUUUUGACUGGAUUUG